CUCAAUUGCUUGGUGGAAAAUUCUACUCACGCUAAUCCGUGCGAUCGACACUUUCGUUAUCGAUGCAUGUUCUCUUUAUGUAAUUCAUUUUCGCCACAUCAGCUAUUCGGCAUCUGAUCUGACCUCCAGACUAGCAGUGGAAAGGCUGAGCGAUAUUGGUCGGCCGUGUAUGAGGCUUCCGCUGUCUAUGUGACAUUUAGACCACCACUCAAUAUGUGGCCACGAAUGCUUCAGAAUCUCUCUGCUGGAUCUUUUCAUUUGCGUCGAUGCUCGAAGUCUCAUUAAACCGCUCUCCUUGUUUAUUUACACACUGUAUCCAAGAACGCAAGGAAAGAGAAGUGUAGGGAGGGAAAACACGUUGGAUAAAGGAACAAUUUGAGAACAAUAGGUUAUCUUUGUGUUGUAAUCGGUAACUUGACAGACAGUAAUUGUCGAAAUGAUUGGCGUGUGCACUGCCUUUGAGUAGCGAGCAAGAUGUGCUCUUGUCUGCGAUCGAGAAGUGCAAACCUGGGGGACAAGACGUUUUAUUUUAGCUCUAACAGUUGACUCAAGAACUCUUUGCAGGCGACCGAGUGAGUAUUAACGCUAUUUGCUUGAUACGGAUUUCCGUGCUGCAGGCGGUACUGUGUGAGGAGUCGGCUAAAUAAUACAUAAAGCGCAGCUCGAAUUUGUACUCGAGCGCCGGCGCUUUGUAUGUAUCAGUUGCCCGAUACUCUCUCGAGGAUCGCUUGAAGUUGCUCAGCUGUGCAGGUGAAAGUGUGUUCCAACCGAGCGAGAGUGCUUAGCAUGACUAAAUACAAGUCAGAAUUUCAUCAGGACAUUUUUCAUGUGUAUAUGUGAGAGGUUUUCGAAAGUGCCAUGAAGUCAUGUACUUAUGAUUGAUGGCAUUCCUUGAUUACCGACCAAGCACUUGUUGUUAAUGUUACAAAUAUGCAAUAUAUCGGAGUUAAGCUUCUCUAAUUUACAACGAUAACAUUUGCUUUGAAGUUGCAAUGUAUUUUUUUCUCAUUCCUUGUCUUACGGCUUCGGCAUUCAGACACCGUGGAGGUUUGCAUUUCCAUGCAAUCUGUGACCUAUUAGGCCAUGUUGAAAGCAUGGGUUAACUUGAUUUAUUACACUGGCCUCCGUCCUGUCAUUGAAUUACAUCUUAAAUACUUUGUAUUUGUCAGAAUUUCCUCAUUCUGGAGGCUAAAGUUAUUGUGUACAUGUUGGCCAACCGAAAGCGGAACAAACCUUAAAACUAGUAGCAAGGAAAAUGGUUUGCAUGCAGAAAUUGAUGGGAACUACAGUUAACUCUCUCUUUCAACGCGAAUAAUUUUUUCAGGAAACAGGAUUAAUUUCAUCGGCGUUUUGAAAAUAGAGUAUGAAUUCCCUAGCAAAACGGUUUUAGAUUUCUUCUCUGUAGAAUUUUGAGCCGUAUUAUUUGAGCAAGCGUAUAUAAUAAAAAAGCUCAUGGAGCCUUAAUCAUUUGUUCAAAUACUCAGUUGUAGCUCUGAUUUAAUUAAUAAAUUUGAAAAAGGACGGUCGAUCUCUUGCUUCCAUGAAAAAAUGCGACCGCAUCCAGGUGGUAUAAUAUGCUAAGCCGUACUAUCGAUCUGACCUUGCGAAAACAAAUGUUAAAUUUCUCUUUGGUAUGACUUAAUUGGCAGGGUUCAUUGGACCGAAAUGUUACCUAUUCUCAGUUGACGAAUAUGCCCUGCUGCAUACGCCCAGCUGUGAGAACGUUCUGUGUCGUCAGUGAAGCGAGCGAUAUCUCUACUCAGCCAUAAAAGUAUAUUUUAAACCAACUUUGUUUCUUUGUUCUUUAUCAGUCAACAGAGUUUCAUCUGAGACGGACCGCAGCUUUGCUUGACGGCCGACAGAAACCUCCUUUUUGGAAGAAUGUUACUUAUCAAGACUGUCUCCCUGGAAUUUGUUUUUGUAUUCCUUUUUAUGGCUGUUCAUUGUCAAGGUAUGCAAUUUUUAAACCACCAACUAUAUUAAGAGAAUUUUAUACACGUUGUGACGUUAACCAGUAAGCAGAUGCUUUUUUCUAGUGCUCGCCUUUCAUUUAUUAGUCAGUAAGGUCGAUCGACUGAUGGCGUGCAAGCUCUACGUUACCUUUUUUCUAUGUAAUUGCUUCAGCUUUUGUCAAAAGGUAACUUGUACUGAAAAGGGUUACCGUAUCGCACAAUUAAAUCGGAAACACGUAACAGAGACUAAUUUCUCUCUGUGGAAUUCCGUUAAUUAGCGACCAAAUGGGAGGACAGAUAACAUAAUUUAAUCCACUACUUUUCCCUUCAAUUUCUGACUCGUUAGUUGUUGCUGUCAAGCCACGUUGCCAUCAAGAAAACACAAAAAUGAUGAUUUAUGAAGCUACAAGCAUGCAAUAAAGUUAACAGUUGUUAGUAUUGUCCCAGUCAAGAUCAUACUUAACUUAACACGGCUGAUAAGCAUUGCGAUAAGAAGUGUUGUACUGUUAAGUACCAGCUAUUAAAUUUGCAAUUUGUUCGGGAGGGAAAAAACAUUUAGAAACAUCAAGUUGGAGUUCAACUGGAAAACAUGCGCGUGAGGAUUUAUUGAAGAUGAAACAGAAGUGGAAUCUUCGCUUUGCAAUCCAAUUUGCACCUUAAACACCCUGGGUGUCGAGGCUGAUUGCUAAUUGUUUUUGAAUCUAUUUCAUAUAGCUCAAAAGUUCAGGGUGGGCGUACCAGUCCAUUGUUACUUUAAAUAGCCUUCUCUUAUACACAUUCAGUUAAUGGAACUCUUAACCUGAAAACAGAUUACUCCAUGACUAUACAACUAAUUGCUACGAUUUCAUUUCUCUCUUUUUUUGUUAUUUUGUAACAGCCAAACGGUUUCUUUCCCUUGACGGUUGACCAAAGAAUUAUUUCAGUUGAUAUUCAGUAUAAAUCAAAAAAUUAGUCCUGAUAACACAAAUUCCACUCAUCUGCCCUGAAAAACGCGCACCUUUUGAAUUCAAAUUCGCCCAUAGGUCAUUGUUUUGAACUGAGUCUCUUUCUUCCUGUUUUUAUAAGACAAAACUUUGGAUUCUGUUUACUGCCAAGGUUAAUUCUUUAUUUCGUCUACCCACGGCUGGGGAUGACCGGAGACACUAUUUCAAAAAUAUUGUCUGUGUAUGGAAUCUUAGUUUCCGUUUUCCCCUUUGUUCCAUCAAAUGAAACGAAAGAGCCUUCUUUGAUUGCUUCCAAUAUGAAACCAUAUUCUGAAGUUUGGAUUAGAUAACUGAGCUGUUUUGAAACUCUUGAAACUGAAAGCCCCUUCGCUAUUUUGCGUCACGCUGAGAAGCGGUAACAAACAUUUUAACAACGUUGCUUUUCUUAUGAAAAAUGUAUUUUUUUCCAACUUCUUUUUAAAAGUACCAAUGCGCAUAUUUCUGACAGUCUGUUUCAUUGAUACUGUUUUGGUAGUAAAUUAGACAAUAAUCCCGUUGUCUUCAGGUUGUGUUUCAGUGAGCGUUUGAAGCGCUGACUCUUUGACAGAGCAGAUAAUCUCUCAGGCGUGUAAACCUUUCGUGGCUUUCAAGUAUUUUAAUACGCCUCGUGGUUACCUAUACUUAUUCGCUGCUCUUUAAAUCCUAAUUCAAGUUUUUAUUACUUUCAAGUGACUGCUAAAACUUUGUUACCGACAUCGCAUUUUUUUUUUUUGACGUGGAGGCCAGCUCGACCCAUUUGCUUGUACCUCCUUGUACCAAUUGUCUCAGUAUCCCACUGUUUGUGCUUUGAGACAGAGUUCCGUUGUAUGAGAUCCGACAAAACAUUCAUUAGAUUUAUUCUCUGUAAAAAGUUGGUCGAAGAGUUCAAACCAUUAAAAUUGGCUUAGCGUUCUCAUGACUGAUGCUUCUUUUUAUGGUAUUGCUAUAAGUAACAGAAAUAACAUCACUGUACCGUCACUCAAACAACUACAGUUGAUGAUCACUGAGUGAAUACUUCUUCUAUUGUGAUUCGAUAUGAUUGCUUAAAUAAAAGCUGUAGAUCAAUUACCUCCCUGCCCCCAACUUUGCUGCUGCCCUAAGGUCAUUGUGGAAAGCAAUUAUGUCUAAAUGCUUUUAUCUUUCACAACUCUUAAUUAAAUUCAUUGUUGACCAUUUUUGAUAUUGUUUCCGAGAAAUAUUCGGAGGCUUUUCUAUUUUUUUUUUAUCUUUAGAACUCUGAAAAUCCAUUCGCUACUGAGUUUUGAGGCUUUUUCCCUUGCGAUGCAUGUGCUAAUUGGCGCUUCACUAUUGACAUGGGCAACGUUUCAAAUCCCAAUGAAGCAGACAGAUGAAAACUGAAUCAUUUAGGAUAUUGCUCUCUAAGCAUAGAGUAGCUUCUCGUGCCUUCUAAAAAACGAUUGUCGGCCAAGUUUUCCCAUUCCCAGUUCCGUUUGUCUGGGGCAGGGUCGGCUUAAUAAUACAGGUUUCUUUUCGAAAAAGUGAAAAACUCUUAGAUCUGAGAGAUCGUUUUGUAAUACGUGGAACUCUAAAAGAAAGAUAUCAAAUGAUUCUAUGAAGGAGAGAACAACACGUGAUCGGUUUUUGAUAAUUUUUUUGACAACAGAGGAGUUCAAUUCCUUUUUCAAAUAGCAAUCCUCAUUUAUAUCUUAAAUGUCAAGAGCCAAAGACGGUUAUAGUUGAAGUGCAGGGUAAGUUUAAAUAAAUCUGGGCCAUUAUUUCGAGUUCUUCUUCGAUACGAAUGUGUUGUUAGUGUUUCAAACUGAGACCAUAAAAUCGUGAUAGCUCCUUCAAAACUAACUCGUUUCUGUUUCGCUUGUCUGUAUUAAAAAGUACUUAGGGAAUUGAAGAUUCCAAGACGGCGACGGCCGCGAAGACGUCGCUUAAAUAGUGAAUUUGCGUUCUUUCAAUCUCUAUCCCGAUUACUCCAACUCAUUACCUUUGUCAAAUGCAAGCGAACUCUUUUUGAGCCGAAUUUCUAAGAACCAUAUUCAAGUUCAGAAAGAUAAAGAAAAUUUAGUCGUUGCUUGUUUACGUCCUCCAUAAAAAGUGAAAUUAGGCAUUUUACACGUCCUAGUCUUGCAGUGACGGUAAUGAAAUUUACAAAAAAGCGUGAUGCACGUUCAGAGUUUCUUGUUUGCUGAUUCAACCUAUUACUUUUUUGAAGUUCUCGUUGUGGUCGCUUCACGCGCGUUGUGGCAUCUUCAAGUUAAAGUCCCUAUCGAUAAAGGUAGUGCUACGACACUCAUUCGCAUUAUCUGCCCUUAAUUUCAGAUCCUCCGGUAAUAAUUGGGACAAUAAAGCCUGAAUACACCGUUAGAGAGGGAAGAACAGUCAAGCUAUGGUGCAAGGUUUCCGGUACAAAAGGGUCUUUGGUUAACAGAACACUUACAGCUUGGAAAAAACCAACAAAUGUCGUAAUCACUGAAAAAUUCCCGAGAUUCAAGAUGAAGAUGGGAAGAUUCCUGAAAAUCACGAGGGUGAAGCUUGCAGACCAGGGAACGUACUAUUGCAUAGCUUACAAUCCUUACGGGAAAAUAAGACGACAAAUAAGGCUUGUAGUUCAAGGUAAGCAAUUUCACAAAGGACUAUUGAUUUACUGUAGCAGGGCACAUAAGUACAGUCGAACCUCCACUAACGGGGCCACCUCUACACAACGGCCACUUUCUUCUGUCCCCAAAGUAGCCCUUGUGGAUAGGUUCGACUGUAUUCUAAUCUGAAUCAAGCAAGGACAAACUCCCUUUUAUACGUCUAUUUCCCUGUAAAGAUAGAGGAAAAAAUAAACAGGGAAAGUGUGUGUGUUAAGUUUAGUUGAUAGCUUAGCAGGACACCCCAAGAGUUUGCGGCAAUGCCUGUGGGCCUGAGCAGUUAGCAGAAGAGAAGUUUUACAUUCUAAGACGAGCAUGACCACGAGGACGAGAUUUUCCCUAUAUUGAGUAGUGCACGCGUGAAGCCGCGUCAUUUUGGCGGGAAAAUGCGAUUGCUGUAGUCAUUCUAAUACGAGCUUUAGUUACUUAGUGACCCAAACAAGUUCAGCUUAUCAAAUGUUUGAAUUUUUGUUGUUUUUUUGGCGAUCGGAAGAGGGCUUAAACACCUUCAGUAAAAAUGACCGUGUUAACCUUCCUGGUAAAAAAGGUAAAAGGAAACUUUCCGGGCUGUCUAUUUUUUGGAAUACGCGAAAAAAAACUUGAACUUUUAGUAAGUCAAAUCUGAUCCUCGUAGUCAUCCUCGUCCUAACUAGUGCCUUCCCAACGGAACUGGAGAAAGGCAAACAACUUCACUGGGGUCUAUGUACCCUGCUUUUUUCAUAAGGGUAUUCUCACGCCCCCUUGGAAUUGAUAAGGAAGGAUAAAGGACAUAAGGCCAACAGCUUAACGUUACCAGGCAAUGAAGUGAAUCAAUAGAUUGGAAGAGCUUUUGGACCCCAAAUCCCCUCAAAUUCACGGCACGAUACCAAAAAUAUAGAAUUUUCGUUGUUUCGCGGGAAAUAUAGGGACAAGACACUUAGAAAUUGCUUGGGCAUUUCUCUAGAUUUUAAGUAUAAAACGCUUAAAGACGGUGUUUCAGAGUUGACUCCAGUUAAUUUUAUUGCAAUAUCAUUCAAAUUCGUCGAAUGAUCUUCGACCCCUCUUCGUGAAAGUGAUCUGCGCGAUGCGACCUUAAACUUUAACCAGGUGGAUACAUCGACCCUCAUCCUAAUUAGCUUAGUGGCUUGAAUUUCCUGACACUGACCUUCUCAAGCCGCCCUGGUCAUCUCAAGAUAAGAGCUGUAUGCAACAAACCCUAAAGCUACUUAACUUCUUGUGGCUAAUUUGAUUUAUUCACAGCUUCAAACAGCAGAGUUCCGACACAAACGACAAUCUCAACUACAGGUAAAAACCAGAUACAAAGGAUACUUAUACCAUUUACAUGGAAAAACCGGAAUUUCAGGUUUUUCCAUGUAAUGUUCGCGCCAUUCGGUUUGAAUUUGGGCUGUGACUUGAGGCGAUACAAUUUUUGUGCUCUUUUCAGUUUGUUCAGCUGAUUUGGCUAUACUUUGCCGCGGGUUUUUCUACCUCUACGUCAAAUUUUACAAUUUUAUGUGUAUGCACCGGGGUUGUGUGUGUAAGCAGUAAGUACCCAAGGACUAUUUUUUGGGUAGUAAAAAUCACAGUACAUCCGUGAAUCUUUCCCUUGUUAUUCUUCGCACCUGCCACUGUUUUCCGUUUAAUUCUUACACACACUGUCUCCAUCUCUAUAUAGUUUCUUUAAGAAUAGAGCCCUAUUUAACCCAGUUUAACUAAAAUGCAGAAGGAAACGUACAAAAAGACGUAACUUUGCAGCAGUUAAUUGUCUGUUAGGGAAAAGAUUAAAAAUUUUACUACAUUUUACUUUUCUUAAUUACGAAUUCAAACAUUUAGCUGUGUCCUUUUUUUUCCGACAGGUUUGAGCCCAAGCCCAAGGUUUGCUAGCAGAAGUACCGAGACACCACCAAAGCCUUCAAAAUUGCCAUUAAUAGGUUUGUUGCCGGAUUCCAUUCCUUUAAUCCUGAAUAUUACUUAAUAUCUGUCAUAUUCAAUUUAGGUCUUUUCCCCAUAGACCUUUCCGCGCAUUCGUGUGAGCAAAGGCACCAUCUCGAGGCUUGGGAUGACAGGUACAGUUUUUUUUAGGAAAUUUUUUUCAUUCAAGAUUCGACCUUGCCUGUCUACCUUUCAUUCUUUUCGAGUAAUUUAGGGAGUGCGGAGCAAUAGAACGCUUAUUAACCCACCCUCACUCUCUUGUGCUGGUGGCCAAUAAUUCCCAGGCGGUUUUUAUUUUCAUACCCGUGCUCAACGAUCUCUAAACGGAAAAUAGAAGGUCUGCGAACAGGCUAUCUUCGACCUCUUUUCACAGUGUGGCUCGCUCGAGUGGAAUGCGGGAAAGGUCCAUACCUGUUUAAUUUCAUCGUAAGUAAUCGUCUUCGGACGCGCGGUGGGGUAACAUACUUCGAUCAGAUAUUAAAUUGUAAGCCCUUGAACAUGUUAUGGUGCCCAAGUGUUAUGUGUUGUUUCCCUGGUUUAGAAAUUCCGUUCUCUUCACCCAGUUUAUUAUUAUUAUUAUUAUUAUUAUUAUUAUUAUUAUUAUUAUUAUUAUUAUUAUUAUUAUUAUUAUUAUUAUUAUUAUUAUUAUUGUCUCUAUUAUCUUUGCUGGUGUUCUUUUUGUGCAUCAGCCGGGCGCAAACCAUGCACCUAGAGCGUCAGUCACUCAAGUCAAUCAUUCUGUUCAUACACUGAGCACCUUUCUGAGGAUUCGUGCAGAUCCCAGCAUGCAGAUCUUUUGAAUCUCUGUCAUAUUAGCUCUUUCUGAUACUUUCUUGAUGUUUUCUACCAUACCCUUCUUCACUGUACCAAGCGCACCAACAACCACAGGGAUCACUACGGUUUUCAUAUGCCACAUUCUCUGUAUUUCUAGUUCUAGGUCUUUGUACUUGUCGAUACUUGCAUUUUUUUUCAGUUUCCUUCAGUGCGAUGUUUCUAUCUGAUGGAACAGUCAUAUCAAUAAGUUUGCGGGUGGAAUUCACUUAAUCUUUAACGAUGAUAUCUGGUCUGUUCGCUGUUAUAGUUCUAUCAGUAUUGACUGGCAUGUCCCACAUGAUGGUGAUGUUGUUAUCUUUAUUGUGUAUCACGGUCUCUGGUUCGUGUUCGUACCAUUUGUCUGUAAUCUCUUGUUCGUACCAUUUGUCUGUAAUUAUCAUUAUUAUUAUUAUUAUUAUUAUUAUUAUGAUCGUCAUCAUCAUAUAUUGUACUCAUGUAUGUUGUUUGCUAAAGGCGUACAAUUCACUUUUGAACUCUGCGCAUCCUCGGGUACAGGGCUGGCAGAUAACUGACCUAGUCUGUAAGUUGCGCCCGUAAUGCAUGAUUUCCAAGCAUAAUUCCGUGCGACGGUGUUUGUGUCGAUAUUUUCUUCAAAACAAAGCAUAAUCAAACAAUUUUUAGAUUCGGUUUUUCGUGAUAUCCAGAAUGAUCUCGCUUAGUUUAUCAGCACUUGCAUUUUGGCCUCGGCAAAAAACACCAACCUCGACCUUGAUUGUUGCGGAUAUCACAAAACCCUCAUCCAAUAGUUGUUUUAAACUGGUAAUGAACAGAAGGUGUACGAUUUGGAAGAACUGUAGUGCUGCUGCUUAAAUGACUAGAAAAACCUUUAAGCCUUGACCUUACGGACUCUCAAUGACUCCUGUUUAUUUCCGUUUGUCAUUUUAAGAAAUUGAAAUCCUGCUUAGCCCGAAAUUGUCAUCAUUCUCAAUUUAAUCGAGUGCCUAGAAGUCUUCGGGCUCCUUAGUUAGCGUUAGGACUCCGGAAAUAAUGGGCAAAAUGUGCCUUUUUAAACUGGCUCUUGAGAUGAAAGUAUAAGCCGUGCAUGAUUAGUAAUGGAAACGAGAACCACCCAAUCCAGCAGUAACAUUCCAGUUCUUUAAGUGACACCGACAACCUGAGAGCUCUGCGUACGAGAUUGGCCGGUUAAUUUACGUUCUAUACCAGUUUCUCUUUUUAAUGUUAAAACCGGUUUCAGUUUUUAGUGUGUAUUUGUCAGACCCUGUUCUUGAAUGUAUUACCCAAUGAAACAGAAAGACCACUACUGCAACCCUUGACGCAACGUGUGAUUCCACAAAACAUCCAUACCAAGCUAGGCCUGAGAUAUGGAAGGUCAUUCAGGCCCGUAGCCAGAAAAAUUUUCCAUCCGGGGCACUCUGUGCUAGAAUCGAAUUUUACAAUCGAAUUUGUGGUUCUGACAAUAGCCAACAAUGCGCUGUCAAUCAAAUAUUUGACAUGUAAAUUAUCUUUUUUAAUCGGAUUGUAAUGGAGGCAGCGAUUACUUUCAGGGUCGUUAUUUCGAGGGAAAAAAAUGCUGAUCUGACGCUGCAUUUUCGAAGCGAACCGAAUAGAAGUGAAUCGAAGCGACUGCCACGUGCAACUCCUGAGAAUUGAGUUUGUUUCACUUGGAGAAAACCACUAGCACUAUAUCAUGCGGGCUCUAAAAUUGUAGUAUAGCUUUUUCGUGGAAUUCAAAACGUAGAAUUCAUUUCAAUAGAUUCAUUUACCUUUUUUGUUAUUAUUGUGGCUGCUUGCUACUAAAUCUACUAAAUACAUAGGCGAAAAAAAAAAAAGUAUGGAUAUUUUCUGGAGCAAUCCAUUGAAACAUUUUUACGUUACAGAAAAUAAACCAAAACACUUUCUUUGUGAAAGGAGAAACUCGUGUUAGUCUAAACACAAAGGAAAGCAUAAGGUUACACCUCCGUUUUCAAGGGCGGGAAGCAUAUGCUUGUGUUAAGGGCGACCGCGCACGAGCACCGGGCGCGGUCUGACGACGGCAAAAGCGCGUUGUAACGUAGACGUCGCAAGGGAACAAAAACACAGCACUAGUCACGAAACGUCUCUUUAAUCGCCACACUGGAUUCCCGUGUUUUUUUUUAAAUGUUUUUGCGCCAUCUUAAGAAGCGUCAAAAUUUGAUCAUCUUGCGCCUUGGUGUUACGCUUUUGUAAGUGUAAAAUCCGUGUACUUUUGCUUGUGCUGGCUUGGUACAUGUAAACCAGGUCAAGCAUGCUCUCAUUACAUGGAAUUUCCAUCCACGCGCGUUUCAUCAUCUUUUGAUAGGAACUCGAAACAGAUGUUUUGCAUCCAUAACUAAGGCACUAAAAUGCACCUUUUUCUUCGAGGCCUGAUUAUCACUAAGUGCAGUUUAACUUUUCAGCCGGCCGUCCACCAACGUUCAGAAACCCUAAGAAUCGUUCUUCUGAAUAUGCUGCUGGUUCGCCGAUCAGGCUUAAAUGCCAUGCAGAUGGAGAAGCUCCUCUUAACAUCACGUGGCAAAAGGAUGGCAAGAGACUGGACAGAAGUUAUCGAAAGUUCAUAAAGCGCGAUGGCUGGGUCUUACAUUUUCGCCACCUGUCUUCUAAGAACGCUGGAACCUACUCUUGCUUGGUGAAAAAUACAUUUGGUAGCAGCGUAAAGACUUUCGAUAUCAAAGUUGUUGGUAAGAUUUUUAGCCUUUUUGUCCAUUCUUUCCUCAUUCACCACUAAACGGUAAUGCACGCAUUUUUACUUUGAAGAAGCUUAGCGUGUAUCAUUUGGGUCAAACAAACUUGUCUUUCAAGCCAACUCUUCUGGGCUUUGAAUAGUUGCUUUCCAAGUCCUCUUCAGUUAGUGAUACCUACCCGCUAGUGUCUCGUAGUAAACAUCAAUCCAUCUAGUUAUGUAGUACAUGGGGUUUUUGCUAACUGAAUAAGAGCAAACAAGCCCCCCAAGAAAAAGACGGUGCCAAGGUUAUUUUGACUUAAGAAGAUAUACCUGAUUGUAAACACCAAGGUUUUUUUUUUAAACAAUUGUGGUAGUUUGGAACAAAGCAGUUGUUGUGCGCUAUGUUUGCUUACAGUCUCGUUGUCCCUCCAAACCAUCCUUCCAAACCGUAUGGUCGCAAAUCAUUCAUGCAAUCCUAGACAAAAGUCCUUUGGACAGUAAUGCAUUAUUCAAAAUUUUCUGUCAUUUUUGGGUGUCCUCAGCAAACAGUGCGUCCUUUUCGAAAUUUUCUUGCAGUUCUCCCUCCCCCCACCCUACACUAUUUAGAAACUUAAAAAAUUGGUUGAUACAGUCCAGCGUUAUUUGUGGGGUGGGAGAACGGGUUAGGCAUGUGUGAAUUGAAAAAAGCCCCACAAGUGCAGAAGUGUCCCAAGACUUUUGUCCAUAACCGUAGAUUACCAUUCGUUUGGAACAUAGCGAUUUGCCUUUGAGGGUGAAAGGGUUGAAGGGGUAAUUUUGUUUUGCCUUCUUGAACAUGAUUGUGGCGAAAAUUUGUUGAGCUGACCUGGUCUUGCUUAUUUAUCCGAUGUUUUCUAUCGCAGAUCGUGUUGGAGACUCCAACCGUUUUCCACCAGCAGCCAAACCUGUCAUUCUAGAAGGAGUUUUAAAGAAUCAAACGGUGGCGAUUGGUGGAAACGUCACAUUUGUGUGUUCGGCCCGUGGCAGAAGCUAUCCAAAGUUUCACCUUCUGAAAUGGAAAUCACCUAAAGCCGAUUCAAGUAAUUCGGAUCCGUUUGAAUUUGUUGACUUUCGAAAUCCAAAGUAUGAAGAGAUUCGCAAGGCGCCCAAGCCACACCUUGGCAACCGUCAAGUUUAUACUCAUUACUUUCUAAUUCGCAACGUAACACUAGCAGAUGAGGCCAAGUACACAUGUGUGGUGGGUAAUUCCGCUGGAUGGGUUUCCGCACACGCAAUGCUCAGUGUGCGACAAGGUAAGCUCGGUGUUUAAAUCCUUACAAAGCGCCAUCGUCAUAAGUGCAAACAUUUUAACAGUGUCUCAGUGACUACAACUUAAAACUCCAGGCCCCAGUCGUUCAAAAGCUGGAUAGCGCUAUCCAUCGGAUAAAUCACUAUCCAGUGGAUAAGUAUUAGGGAAACCAAUUGCACUAUCUACUGGAUAGAGAUUUAUCCGCUGGAUAGCGCUAUCCGUCUUUUGAACAACUGGGGUCAGUACUGUAAGCGUACAUUAAUUUGAAGUCAGCCAAACAGAUGUACUACAGUAUUGCAGAAAAUGCUGUAGAAAUGAAACAGUUGCUUCCUUUUGGCAAUUGAACCAAUAAGUCAUCAGUCUUCAGUUUUGUAAGUAUGGUCAAAGAGUUGGAAUGUGGUAAAAGCUGGGCAAAAAACCCUCCACUUGACUUAGACGUUAUUGUUUUCUUUGAACAAAGGUCCUCCUAAUUCAGUCAAGAGCCUGCUCUCACAAUGUUCCUUUUUUUUUCCCUGUCUUAGAUGGAGCAUUAUUUUUUUUCAAAUUCAAAAAUGUUUUUCUGGUCAACAUGGUUUUUAGCCUGUCGUCAAUGUUUGGUUACGGACGAUGACUUUUUUUUAGGGUCGCUGUGUUUUUGCUUCUAUUUUUGUUUAAUUGUUUACAUUAUUGUUUCUUCAAGAACUUGAUCAUCUUGAGUCUCACUUAAGGCAAUCGAAAGCUCUUACUAUUUGUAUGGAAAACCCCGUAAUUCCGGUGAGAAUAAUAAUUGAACGGUUCCGCAUCCUGGUGAAAAUUUUUCGAAAAAUAGGAGCGCUUACGAUGUGUAUCGAAAACGGAAAAAUUCAUCCCGAUAGAAUGUUUUCGGGGAAACGGCACCUUAACGCCCUUUUACCGGAAUUCCCGUAAAUCUCUGUGCGAUUUGUACAUAAUUACCAGUACUAGGCUAUGUCCGAGAGGACAGUUAUGCCGGCGCAAGAUGGCAGAAUCAAGUAAUGGUACUAUGCCAAGCCGUUUAUGACGUUUUAUUCUCGUCGCCAUGGUUAAAAAACUUCCUACAACACAACUGUAGCUAUAGCAUUCUAGCUGAAAGAGAUUGAAGUUAUGGUGGUCGGUACUUCUGUUUUACUUAUGCUUUCAUGAAUCGUGCUAGGGGCUAUGUCACAAGGAUAUUGCUUUCUUAGGUAAAUUCUGCGCUGUUGUUAGUCACUGCCUCUAAUAUAAUAAUAUAAUAUAAUAUUUAAGGAUUUGUAUUGCGCAAAUGUCAGUUCAGGGAAAUAAAUUUUUGUCUGCGCAUUACAUUGACUCAACAAAAUCCUAAACUCCUAGUACAUAUUCCAAUUAAAAAAAAUUCUAAAAACAAUGACUAAUUAUUCUUUUAAAAUCCUAUUUACAAAUCCUCCUUAAAAAAAAAAGAAUAAAAAUAAUAAGUUAGCUGGGAGACGCCUUCUUAAAUAAAUGAGUUUUAAGAGCCUCCUUGAAAGCAUUAACUGAAGAUAUAUUUCUCAUAAAAAGGGGAAGAUCGUUCCAUAAUUUAGGGGCAGCCAUUUUAAAAGAUCGAUCACCAAGCGUGGAAAGAGACUUACAUGAUGGAAUUUUACCCAUACACAAAAUGCUCCUGUAGAGUGAAGAAGAAGAAGUUAAGAAGUAAAUUCCAUCAGGAAGCACAGACCAUAAUAACAUUUUUGAGCACUUUUGCAGACAUAGCAAUAAAACUCGAAAGCGUGAUCCCAACUUUUUCAAGUUUCAAUCCAUGUCCAUCCUUUUCAUCCUUUGCAGCAGACGACAGGAAUCUGUUUCAAUGUCUAAAUACAGUCUUAAAUAACAAAACUAGACCAUUAAUUUUUUAUGUUCAAUCGACAAGAAAAAGUCAUAGCUUUUAAAAGAUUGCAAGUAGCGUGAAAUAAUUGGUCCCUUUAAUGAAGCGAGAAAAACCUGUAUCCGAAACUUCGGAUCAGAUGAAAUGACUUGGUGACAAAAAGUGAAGUUCCAUUUGUCCAAAAAAAGCCAUUGAAAUUCCAUUCAAUUGGUAAGCGGUCAAGGUAAUAUAAUACCUUCCAAGGUCAUGAUAACAUCUAUUACUUUGGAUCAAUUUAAGUUUUUGGGAAACUGACCAGCUACCUCUCCCCUAUGCUAACAUUAACACUUACUUCUCACUUAGGGCAAAUGUUGGCUUAGGGGAGGGUUAGAUGGGCAGUUUCCCAGAAACCUAAAGUGAUCCAUUACUUUUUUCCUGCUUUUACCGAAAAGACCUAAAUUUUCUGUUCCAUUUGUUUGGAUUAACAGUGCCAGGCUUCCUCUUGAGAGAAAGCGAAAAACUGACCGUUAUAAUAAUAAUAUACAAUAUUUAUAGAGCGCUAAUUCCCAAUGGUCCAAAAGCGCUUAUUUUGUAAAUGGUAUAUUUCAAUCCCAUCACUGUUUUCAGUACGAAAAAAAGUUACACCCGUACCACUUGCCUGAAAAUGUUCACCGAAAUUUCCGUACAAAUGGUAAGCGUUCCGAGACAUCACACAUUCUUCCACAGAAGUCAAAACCCUGAGAUCAAUUAACGGGCUUUCUAAGGAACAUUAAUUAGGCCAUCUGAAGUUUAGCUGUUUUGUUUGUUUGUUUGUUUUGUUUUGGGCGAAUGUUUAUGCUAAUGUUUUUGUUGCAGUUGAGGAGAAUGGUGGCAGCACAGAGCGGAAUCGUACAGAACUGACUUGGUUUACCGUAACAAAUGCACCGAGUGAUGCCAAAGCUCGGAUAGAAAAGCUUGAUGAAGCAACGGUAGACGAAUUUCCUUUGCCUGUUCUUAUUGGUAUCCCCAUUGCGGUUCUUAUAGUUUUAAUUGGGACAAUCGUGUGGUGUUAUUUUAUGACAAGAAAACACUAUUGUACCCCACAUCAAUUCAAGCAAUCUUCACCUCAAAACGAGCCAAAUACAGAUUUAUCUUUACAGUAUUACCCAUCCAGAAGGAACGAAACUAGAAAUGUUAGUUUUAAUGUGUAUUUUGACUGUCCCAGUGAAACGAGGGGUCAGUCUGAACAGUCGUCGCCGCGGACGGCACAAGACAAGUUAGACUCUCCAUUAGAAACAGAUCCGCCAUUAGACGGGUUAGUAGUACAUCAGGAGCUCCCAUGGAUUCGCUCAAACAGAACUAACCAUCGCAAACGCAUUGAGAGGGAAGGAAUUGAACUUAGUGAGUCGAGUGGAUCCGAAACGAAAUGUUUGAAGGUGUAAGAAAGGCUCCAGCUAUCACAUACAAUGGAAGCACGGUUCUUGGACAACCAGCUAUUUCGACACCCUCUCAGUUAUUAGCACCACUCUGUUUGAGUCAGAAACACGUGACCACCACGUUAUACCCGGCUAAGCUGCGGUAGCCGUCGUUCUAUAUACCUUUGAGUGAUACAAAGGAACAUUACCAUCAAAGGCCACACUGUGGUGCGUUGGCUUGUGGACAGUGGAAGUAAGAAAUGAGAAUACUAAGUGGUAAGCAGUCCCUGGUGAAGGUUUCUCAGAGACCUUUGGCUCAAGUUUUAGAGAGGCUUUCUAUCAACUCAGUGUACAAACCGCCAGUUAUUGUUUGGUUUAGAUAUUUAAUUUUAUAAGGGUUUUCUUCGACUUGCCUAUUCCUGAUCAUAAGUACACGAAUAAAGCAGAGAGUCAAUAACUGCUUAAAUCAAUAGCACGUAACAGUCUUGUAGCGCCAAAAAAGUUGCCAGGUAAAAGCCACUCUGGACUAGGUUAGCGUAGUUUUAGUUACAUCACUCGUGGUUAUCGAGGAAUGAGGUUGCAUUUCAAAUUGAUUGAAAUAGUCUACUUCCAGGAGAUACCGCGUGGCAAUAUAUUUGUCUUUUGCAUGCAACAUUUUGCUGUUUAUUUUAGUAAGCACACAUACAAUCAAAAUACGAGUAAGACAAUAUCAAAUGUUAAACACUUUGUACUUAGUCUCAUUAACGCUACUAUAGACUUCGAGCUACUACCAUGCCGAAUUCAAAUUAAUGGGAUCCGGCAGUAGCACGACUAUAACACGGUAGUGGUUACAGAUGUGGAGGUAAUUCAUCGGCACAAAAUUCACAAAAUAUCGAAACAACAAGGCUUCCAGUAGGCGGUACUUGCAAGUAAAUAACUCGAAAUAAAUUGAGUUCGGCAUGACAAGAGCAAGCCGUUUCAAACCAAGUCGCGCCACUGCCCUGCGAUGAGAUUGGGCGUUGCCUUGCAAAACAGACGUGCACUCGUUACAAAUCUCGUGCUACUGCCAUGGUUAAGGCGAAUUUAAUUCACGACGUUUGCUGUUUUGCCACGUUUUGCGCCGGUAUCCCACUUGUCCUUAGCUUGCGGCGCAGACGUUAUCUUGCGCCGGUUAGUAACGUCUUAACUUUGUUCCCCUGAAAAGGGUGGGCUUACGGUAGACAGAAGUUUAGUUCCGUAUGUGUUUCAGGCAUGCAAACAACAACAACACAAGAAGUAACCCUGCAAAACAAUAGUGCAACGAGGUAGUCUUCCAGGUGGCUGUUGCUUGGUUAAUACAUUACUACGCCGCUCCGACCCAAUUUACUUAGUAUUGUAGCUAAAAAAUUAUUCUAGAGGUGGCGGCUUCUGUUUUUACAUUCCGUGGUACAGAUCAAGUUUUGGGUAAACUAUACUAGAACUUUAUACGCAAUGACCUUAAACUGGCGGCUGGAUGUUUUCGGGCUUUAGGUCACUUUACUUGUAAUCAACCUUGUUUGAAUAGUUUUCAUGUGUUAGUAUGAGAGACCUUUAGAUUCUAAGACGAGGGCGUCUACGAGAACGGGAUAUCUCGAUGCUAAGUAGUGCGCGCGUGAACUAGUGUCAUUUUGGCGGGAAAAAGCGAUAGUCGUCGUCAUUCUUUUACGGGUUUUAGUGAGAAUGUCGCAGUGGCGGAAACAAGCUGUCAAAUGUUAGAAGUUUUAUCAUUUUGCGCUCGGGUUGAAGGCUUAACCUCCUUCAAUAAGAAUUACCAUGUUUAUAGUACUACAUGAGAAAUUUCUGCAAUUUGAUUGGCUUAGAGCAGUGGUAUUUCAGCUUAAUUUGAAAUACCUACAUGUGAAAAUUACAAACCUUUAGCGGGUAGUAGUAAAAAGAAAUAAUAGCAUGAUUUGUACGUGGUAUUUGGCAUAAAUAUCACUUGUGAUAUUUCAAAAUUGUCUCAGAUUUCACUCGGCUAACGGCUCGUGAAAUUAGGUGUGACAAUUUUGAAAUAUCACUCGUGGUAUUAUAUCACUACAAAUCAUGCUAUUACCUAUACUAACUUAUUGGUGAAAAAAAAGUACAAUUAAGCUUUCCCGGGAGUCGAGUUUUUUGAGAAUACUCGAAAGACGUUUAGUCAAAUCCCGGGCGUCGUAGUUGUCUUUGUCCUCGAAUCUAAAGAUUUUAUUGUAUAUUGUAACUUUAAGGAAAACCAGGCCACGUUAAGUGGAUUUCCAAUGAUACAUACUGUACUGUUGGUGACACUGCGCCUUUUAGAAAAAAAAAUACUAUUAUAUCUGAGAUAAUUCUCUUAUAAUUUCAUACCUUUUAGCAUCCAUGUUCUCUCAUUAAUAGCAUUAUCUUCGUUCCAAGUAUUGUCUUGACCAAGCUUCAUGUGGCAACAUAUUUUGAUCGGAAAAUCAUUCAGGUAGUCAACAGUCAACAUAGUGAGCAGGAUAACUCGCUUAUUUUACGUUCAAUGUACGUAGCUCAAUGAAGGUUACUCCCACGUCAUUUUCUCCCACUUUAAACUAACGUUAGUUUCAAUAUUCAGUCAUGCGCACCGAAAUAGACGGCGUUGGCGCCACCGACCUUACAUAAAGUUAAAAUACGGUCCGUAAUAAGAAAUAAAUAUGAC